UUUGGGGGGUCCCGCCGCCCCCAGCCGGUACCGGGAGGCGGCGAGAGGGACGGGACGGGCAGGGCUCGGUGGGGUGGGGGCGGAUCCGCACCCACGGCCCGGACAGUGGGCGGCGGCAGCCGGAGAACGUUCCGUCGGGUCCCGGUACCGGGGGAGCGGGGCUGGCGGGGAGCCCCGGGGUGGCCACCAGCCCCGAGCAGCGCUAGCCCGCCCCGCCGAGGGCGGAGGAGGAGGGAGAGCAGGGGAGGAAGGAACGAGCGGGGAACACGGUGGGCGGCACGGGGGUCUCUGCUGCCGUGUGCCCCCUUAGGGCCAGCGCGGAGCCGAGCUCCGGUACCGGCGCUCGGAGCCUUCGUGCCUGACCCGAGCGCUCCCGGGACGGCGGGCGGAACCCGCUCGGCGCCGGUACCGCCCCAUCCGCCGCUCUCUUCCUUUCUCACGCCCGCCUGGUCUGAUCAGGGUUAGUCCCAGCUUAGCCCCGCGGACUCCGCGCUCCCUGUGCCCCGACCCCGCCGCAGCGGCUCCGGCUCCGGCUCCAUCCCCGCCCCGCAGCGCUUGGGAGCCGGGGGAGCUGGGGUCGCUCUGCUCACCACGGCAGCGCCCCUCUAGGAGGGACCCGCUCGGCCUUGCACGAUGUCCCAGCCGCCUUCCAUCACCCUGCAAGUCCCCGAGGGCACCGAGAGCGAUGGCCAGGAGCUCAGUCCGGACAACGAGAGAGCCCUGCACACCUCAUUCCACCAGCUCAUCCUGGAGCAGAGCAGCCUGAUCGAGGCAGAUCUGGAGCUGGAGCUGCAGGAGAGGAGCAGAGAGCCUCCAGCUUGCCUGGAUACUCGAGAUGCCUGUGCAGUGUCCUGGCCAGAGCCCGGGCAAGGUGAGGAGCACCCCAGCUACUCCUCUGCCUCCCUGCAGAUCCUGGCCAGCAUGCCCAGCCGCACCAUCGGACGCAGCCUUGGGGCCAUCAUCUCCCAGUACUGCAACCGCACGGCGCGGCUGCGGCGCCGCAGCAACCGCCCACCCCUGCAGCAGCUCUGCCGCGCGGCGCGGCCCAGCCUGCGCCAGUACAACCUGGACACUGACCCUGCCAGCACCACGCUGGAAGAGAAGCGGCGCCUGCUGGUGAAGGAGCUGCUGAGCCUCUCACCCAGCCAGUGCAGCCACGUGCUGCUCACCAUGCCCCUCAGCCUGGAGGAGAAACGCAUCAUCCGGCAGCAGCUGAGCGGGCAGAGGGGCCCACUGGGGCAGCGUGCCCAUCACUGGGCCCCCUUCUCAUCCUGUGGUUGGCCCAAGGUCUGCAUUGUCCUCGGCUGCCGAGGUCUCUGGUACAGGCUCCUGUCCCUGCUCCGCACUGCACAGCCCUGGCACUAUGCCCUGAAGCAGAUCGGUGGCCGCUUUGGCUCCAGUGUCCUCUCCUACUUCCUCUUCCUCAAGACACUCCUUACGUUGAACUUUGUUUCAUUCUUCAUCCUCCUGGCCUUCGUGGUGGUCAUGCAGGCUGUGUACCCCUCUGCAGCAGUCAGCCCCCAGCCCUUCACUGGCCUCGAGCUCCUCACGGGAGCGGGCUCCUUCACAAACUCGCUGCUGUACUAUGGCUACUACAGCAACGUGACCCUCAAUGACCCCUGCAGCUCCAGCCCUGAGGGCAGCGAGUGCCCCCUCGCAGCCCCUCUGCUCCCCUACAACCUGCCACUGGCCUACCUGUUCAGUGUUUGGGUCUCCUUCCUUGUCACCUGCAUCCUGCUGGUGUACAGCGUGUCCCGCUCUUUUCUGGGGAGCGUGAGGAGCUCCACAGCGGUCUUGGCCAUCAAAGUCUUCUGUGCCUGGGAUUUCAAGGUGGUGCAGAGGCGCUCGGUGAAGCUGCAGUGCGAGAACAUCUGUACCCAGCUGAAGGAGCUGCUGGGGGAGCAGAGCUCUCGCUCCCGCUCCCAGAGCCGCUGCCAGGUCCUGGGGCACUACCUGGUGAUGCUGCUGGCCUGGGUGCUGGCACUGGGCUUGGCGUCGGGCUGCGUGCUGGGUGUGCACCACCUCUCAGAGCGCAUGCACACGGUUCAGCAGGAGCAGCAAGCACAGGGCAGUGCCAGAUGGCAGCAAGAAAUCCUUCUGCUGGUCGUGCCCUUUGUGGUGUCCCUCCUCAAUGCCGUGAUGCCCCACCUGUUCAACUUGCUGGCCUUGUGGGAGAAGCAGGACUCCCCAGUGACACAGGUCUCCGUGGCAAUCUUCAGGAACCUCAUCCUGAAGACGAUGGUUCUCAUCCUGCUGUGCUACCAGUGGCUCAGCCGGAGCAUUAUCUGCUCAGCAGAGGAGUGCUGGGAGACGUGUGUGGGGCAGGACCUGUAUCGCUUCAUGGUGAUGGAUUUCAUAUUCACCUUGCUGGAUACGCUCUUUGGGGAGCUGAUCUGGAGGCUAAUCCUGGAGAAGAGGCAGAAGAAAAAGCAGAGGCCAGAGUUUGAUAUCGCCCGAAACGUGCUGGAGCUGAUCUACGGGCAGACCCUGACCUGGCUGGGUCUUCUCUUCGCUCCGCUCCUGCCAGCUCUGCAGAUGCUGAAGCUGCUGCUGCUGUUCUAUAUCAAAAAGACCAGCCUGAUGCGGAACUGCCAGUCCCCCAGCAAGCCCUGGCAAGCAUCACGCAUGAGCACCCUGUUCAUCACCCUGCUGUGCUUCCCCUCCUUCCUGGGUGCAGCUACCUUCUUCUCCUACACCAUCUGGUCGGUGCGGCCAUCAGAAACCUGUGGUCCCUUCCGGGGGCUGGAAACCAUCUACAAGUCAGGGAAGAGGUGGAUGCUAGUGCUGGAAAAGUCCAACCCCAACAUCACCUGGUUUGCCUGGGUGUACCAGUAUCUGUUGGAGAACGCCUGCCUCCAGUUCUUCAUGUCUGCAGCCCUGAUAGCUGUGAUCUACUUCAACAUCCAGGUGGUCAGAGGCCGCCAGAAGGUGAUCUGCCUGCUGCAGGAGCAGAUUGCCAAAGAAGGGGAAGAUAAGGCAUUUCUCAUCCAGAAGUUCCAGAACGUUUACGAGCAGAGACGCAGACGUUCCUGAGUCCCAGGAAGGAAUGGGAUGGAACAGACUCCGCUUGCAGCUGGGACUGAAUCUGUCCAUCACAACACAGCGUGGGAAGCUGGGGACCCAUGGAGUGCUGGGGAAGAUCCUCCCCUCCUGCCACGGCCAAGGACCCAUUGGGGCAUGUCACU